AUGCACCCACUGGGCCUGUGUAAUAACAAUGAUGAAGAGGACUUGUAUGAAUAUGGCUGGGUAGGAGUGGUGAAGCUCGAACAGCCAGAAUUGGACCCCAAACCAUGUCUCACUGUCCUGGGCAAGGCCAAGAGAGCAGUUCAACGAGGAGCAACUGCAGUGAUCUUUGAUGUAUCUGAAAACCCAGAAGCCAUUGACCAGCUAAACCAAGGCUCAGAAGACCCUCUUAAGAGGCCAGUAGUGUAUGUGAAGGGUGCAGAUGCCAUCAAGCUGAUGAACAUUGUCAACAAGCAGAAAGUAGCUCGAGCAAGGAUCCAGCACCUCCCUCCUCGACAACCCACUGAGUACUUUGACAUGGGGAUUUUCCUGGCUUUCUUCGUCGUCGUCUCCCUGGUUUGCCUCAUUCUCCUUGUCAAAAUCAAGCUGAAGCAGCGUCGUAGUCAGAAUUCCAUGAACAGGUUGGCUGUGCAGGCUCUGGAGAAAAUGGAAACCAGAAAGUUCAACUCCAAAAGCAAGGGGCGCCGGGAAGGAAGCUGCGGGGCCCUGGAUACACUUAGCAGUGGCUCCACAUCUGACUGUGCUAUCUGUCUGGAGAAGUACAUUGAUGGAGAGGAACUUCGGGUCAUCCCCUGUACCCAUCGGUUCCACAGGAAGUGUGUGGAUCCAUGGCUGCUGCAGCACCACACUUGCCCCCACUGUCGGCACAACAUCAUAGAACAAAAGGGAAAUCCGGGUGCUGUUUGUGUUGAGACCAGCAACCUUACACGUAGUCGGCAGCCAAGAGUGACCCUGCCAGUACAUUACCCAGGCCGUGUGCAUAGGACCAACGCCAUCCCAGCCUACCCUACCAGGACAAGUAUGGACUCCCAUGGCAAUCCUGUCACACUGCUGACCAUGGACCGGCAUGGGGAGCGGAACCUCUAUUCUCCACAGACCCCUACCUAUAUCCGUGGCUACCCAUCCCUGCACCUGGACCACACUCUGGCCCCUCACCGCUGCAGCCUGGAACACCGGGCCUACUCACCAGCCCAUCCCUUCCGCAGGCCCAAGUUCAGUGGCCGCAGCUUCUCCAAGGCAGCUUGUUUCUCCCAGUAUGAGACUAUGUACCAACACUACUACUUCCAGGGUCUCAGCUAUCCAGAGCACGAGGGCCAGCCUAUUCCCAGCCUUGCACCCAGGGGUCCAUCCCGUGCCUUCCCACCAAAUGGUGGCAGCAGCCUGCUCUUCCCCACCGUGGUGCACAUGGCCCCUCCCACCCACGUGGAGAGUGGCAGCUCUUCCAGCUUCAGCUGCUACCAUGGGCACCGUUCUGUGUGCAGUGGCUAUCUGGCAGACUGUCCUGGCAGUGAUAGCAGCAGUAACAGCUCUGGCCAGUGCCGCUGCUCUUCCAGUGACUCCGUGGUGGACUGCACAGAAGUCAGCAACCAAGGUGUGUAUGGGAGCUGUUCCACCUUCCGCAGCUCUCUCAGCAGUGACUAUGACCCCUUCGUCUACCGCAGCCGGGGGCCUGCUGUACAUCUUGAGGGCUCCCCACCACCAGAGGAGCUCCCAGCAGCACACAGUCAAGGUGCUGGGCGGGGUGAGCCUUGGCUAGGCCCUGCCUCUCCCUCAGGGGACCAGCUGUCCACCUGCAGCCUGGAGAUGAACUACAGCAGCAACUCCUCGCUGGAACCCAGAGGGCCCAACAGCUCUACCUCAGAAGUGGGGCUCGAGGUUUCUCCUGGGGCUGCCCUAGACCUCAGGAGGACCUGGAAAGGGGGCCCAGAGGGACCAUCAUGUGCUUGUUGCUUUGAUUCCCAGCCCUCUUCCCUGGGCCCUGGGACAGGAGCAGCUUCUGGUGGCAGCACCUUAUUCCUGGGUCCCCGACUCCUUGAAGACUGCAACCCUACAAGUGGGGAGCCACAACCAGGGAGCUCCCAAGGCCUGUAUGGCCUUCACUCAGACCAUUUUCCCAGGACAGAUGGGGUAAAAUAUGAGGGCCUGCCCUGCUGCUUCUAUGAAGAGAAGCAGGUGGCCCACAGUGCUGGCAGGGGCAAUGGCUGCUACACUGAAGACUAUUCGGUGAGUGUGCAGUACACACUCACUGAGGAACCCCCACCCAGCUGCUAUGCAGGAGCCCGGGAUCUGAGCCAGCGUAUCCCCAUUAUUCCAGAGGAUGUAGACUGUGACUUGGGCUUGCCUCAAGACUGUCAAGGGAUGCAUAACCACAGCCCCUGGGGUGGGAUGUUGGGCUUGGACGUCCCCAGACUCCAGUGGAGUCUGGGGACAACUCGGGAAGAGGAACAGGCUCCAUGCUACCAAGCUGAGGUGCCACUGCAGCCUGGCUGCUCUCCAGAGGAAGCGGAUGCUUCCAGGGCUAGCCUCUCCAGUGCUCCCCAAGACACUCAGGAGUUCCAUGCCCUGGAUGCUGAGGCUUCAGGACCAGGAUCUGGCCCAGGCAUCGGUACGGGAGCUUGA